CGUGGGGCCGGGGAGAGAGAGGGAGGGAGGAAAGCGAAAGGAAGGGAAGAGAAAGAGGCAGACGCGCACAGAAAGCCAGAGAGAGGCGGAAAGCCACGGAGCCUAGCGCCGCCAAGCCAAGGCUUCCUUCGGGGCUGUUGUUCUCCUCCCCCUCUUCAUCCUCCGCCUCCUCUUCCCCCCUUCACCGCCUGAUCUCCCAGCAGCAGCCCCGAAGGCAAGGCAGGCAGAGCGGAUGGGAAGGCUCCGGUUCCUCCGGCGGCGGCGGCGGCGUUAGGCUCCCGCGAAGCCCAGCGGCCCCAGCCUUCUUCUUCCGCCUCCUCCUCCUCCUCCUCCUCCUCCUCCACUUGUUUCGGAUCUUUCGGAAGGGAGGGGGGAGGGAGGGAGGGCGAGGCAAAGAAUCAUCAUAACAUCAAAUUAAGAAUAUCAACACACCGCCCCGGAGCUGCACAUCUGGGCGAGCACCCCUGGGCUAUGCCAGAGCGAGCGGUCGGCCGGGCGGCUCUGAGGAAGCGCUUCCUCCUCCUCCUCCUCCCGCUUCAUCUCCAUUAUCUUCACCCUCAUCUCCAUCGCCUGGCUUCGCUCCUCGCCCCGCGUGCCUCCCAGGUUUCCAUCUCUUAGCUGCCUCUCAAGGCUGGCAGAGGAGGAAGCCGGCCAGCGAGACAGGCAGGGAGGAGGAGGAGGAGGAAGAGGCAAAGAGGAAGAAGGGGAAGAAGAAGAGGAAGAAGAAGCGCCCAAAGCCUGCCCUCCCCCCUUUUGUUUUAUUUUUAUUUUUCCUCCCCCAGGGAUUUAGUUCAUGGGGAUGUGUUCAAGGCAAGAGAGGAUUCAGAAGGAUAUUGACAUUGUGAUCCAAGCGUGCAAGGCGGAAAAGGACUGCCUGUUUGCAGAUUUCAGAUACGCCGAUUCCACUUUCACCUUCACCUACGUGGGAGGAUCCAAAAGCAUAUCCUAUUCAGUGCACGUCUCUGAGGAUUAUCCAGAUAACACCUACGUGUCCAGUUCAGAUAAUGAUGAAGACGUGUUAGUUACAACAGAGCCAAUUCCAGUGAUUUUCCACCGAAUUUCUACAGAAUUACGAAAAACCAGUGAUGUCAACUGUUGUUUAUCCAUAAAAUCGAAGUUACAAAGAGAAAAUGGAGAGGAAUCAAGGCACAGCAGUGCAGUUGAAGAAGAUUCAGAAGGAGACAAUGACUCAGAAGAGUUUUACUAUGGUGGGCAGGUUAGUUAUGAUGGGGAACUUCACAAGCACCCACAACUGGAAGCCGAUUUGGCAGCCGUAAGAGAGCUCUAUGGGCCGAGUGCAGUAUCUCUCAGGGAAUAUGGAGCCAUUGAUGAUGUAGAUAUUGAUCUGCAUAUUGAUGUUAGCUUUCUUGAUGAAGAAAUUGCAGUGGCAUGGGACGUGAUCCGCACAGAGCCUAUAAUUGUGCGGCUGCACUGUUCACUCACACAAUAUUUAAAUGGCCCCGUGCCCACCGUUGAUGUAUUUCAGAUCUCUACCAAGGAAAGAUUUGGACUGGGGCAUCAGCUGAAGAAAAUCAUGCAAACAUUUGUUACGCAGCAAUGGAAAAAUGGCAAAGAAAAAUCAAACAGUACGCACAACAAAAAACUGUCAGAGAAGAAAGUGAAAUCUCCCCUGCACAUCUUUUCUACUCUGCGCAGGUCGCCAAGUUAUCCUCCACCAGGCUGUGGGAAAAACAAAUCAAAACUAAAACCAGAGCAAGAUGGCAUUUCAAAAACCCACAAGUUGCUGAGAAGGACUUGCUCGAGCACAGUUAAAGCUGAGGAUGCGUGCAUCACCAAAUCUCACAGGACUUUUGGUCGCUCACUAUCCAGCGACCCCAGGGCUGAACACACAAUGACCAUUAAGUCACAUAAACUCUUGAACCAUUCUUGCUCAGCUGCCAUCAAGCAAGAGGAGUGUAUCACUCUUAAGCCCCACAAACUGUUGAGUAGGCCAUGCUCUGGGGAUACUCGAUGUGAGCACAACAGUACUUUGAAGCCCCACAAACUUUUAAGCAGGUCUUAUUCCAGUAAUCUUAGGAUGGAUGAAUUAGAUGGGCUGAAGAACCACAAGUUGCUCAGCAAGACGUACUCCAGUGUCCCCAAGUCAUCUAAAAUGGAGCUUUUCAAGGAACCCACGAUAGCAGAGGGCAGGAGGCUCUCGCUUACCUCAGGGCUUAUUGGUAUCUUAACACCAUCCUCAUCCUCACCAUCACAAUCUGCUCCGACUUACGGUGCAAAAUCUGUUCCAGUAAGAGACCAUGGCUUCCUUGUGCAGACAAUUGAGUUUGCUGAGCAGCGGAUACCAGUGUUGAAUGAAUACUGUGUUGUUUGUGAUGAACCACAUGUGUUCCAGAAUGGCCCUAUGUUGAGGCCAACUGUGUGUGAACGGGAGCUAUGUGUUUUUGCUUUCCAAACUCUUGGAGUGAUGAAUGAAGCUGCAGAUGAAAUAGCAACAGGGGCUCAGGUUGUUGAUUUAUUGGUAUCUAUGUGUCGAUCUGCAUUAGAAUCACCCAGGAAAGUUGUCAUUUUUGAGCCAUAUCCUUCUGUAGUUGAUCCUAAUGACUCUCAGAUGCUGGCCUUUAACCCCAGGAAGAAGAAUUAUGACAGAGUAAUGAAAGCACUGGAUAGUAUUACUUCUAUAAGAGAAAUGACGCAGGCACCUUAUUUAGAAAUCAAGAAGCAGAUGGAUAGACAAGACCCACUUGCUCAUCCUCUUCUGCAAUGGGUUAUUUCAAGUAAUAGAUCGCAUAUUGUGAAGCUACCCGUGAAUCGGCAGUUGAAGUUUAUGCACACACCGCAUCAAUUUCUUCUGCUCAGCAGUCCACCAGCCAAAGAAUCCAAUUUCAGAGCUGCUAAAAAUCUCUAUGGAAGUACCUUUGCAUUUCAUGGGUCACACAUUGAAAAUUGGCACUCAAUCCUGAGGAAUGGGCUAGUGGUUGCUUCCAACACAAGACUGCAGCUCCAUGGUGCAAUGUUUGGAAGUGGGAUCUAUCUUAGUCCAUUGUCAAGCAUAUCUUUCGGUUACUCAGGGAUGAACAAGAAACAGCAGAAGGUGUCAGCUAAGGAUGAGCCUGCUUCGGGCAGUAAAAACAGCAAUGUGUUACAGUCACAGAAAAAAGGGCAGCAGUCUCAAUUUUUGCAAAGCCGAAAUUUAAAAUGCAUAGCCUUAUGUGAAGUGAUAACUUCACCUGAUCUGCACAAACAUGGGGAAAUAUGGGUAGUUCCCAAUACUGAUCAUGUGUGUACGAGAUUCUUCUUUGUCUAUGAAGAUGGCCAAGUAGGUGAUACAAGUAUAAACACUCAAGAGCCAAGCAUUCAUAAAGAGAUCCUUCGGGUCAUUGGUAAUCAAACUGCUACUGGUUAAAAGGACCACUCUUUUCUCCUUGAUGUGAUUUGGGAUCCUUCCUCAGUCUCAAAGCUGGAUUUUGAACUGAAGAAGAUUUGGAGGAAAAAAACAAAACAAAAGGAAACUAAUUUAUUGUUAUUCUGAACAAGUUAACCCUUUGAAUACUUUUUUUCUAACUUAGCAUUUCUUAUCACAGAAGAAAAAAAUACCUAAAAGGGACGUGAACAAACAACUGUAGAGAUGAAGAGUAUAUUGAUACCAUGCAGCUGACAGUAAAACAGAAAGUUUUGGUUGUUCACAAUAAACAGAAUUUGAAAAGGAGUUUUGUGCUGAUAUUUUUAUAUUAAAGACUUGAAUUGGACCAUUUUAGUACUGUAUACCUGUAUUUUAAAUUUAUGAUGACUGAAACAGAAACAGUCUUCUUCAUUUUUUAAAAAAAAUGGAAACAUAGUACAGGAUAUUUUGCAAUAAGUAGAAUAUUCACAUUUUAACAUGUUAUAGAAACCCAUUAUCCCAAAUGUAAUAAGUAACAUGGAAAAGUUAGCUGUAAUAUAUUUAUUCUGCUAUGUACAAACCAUGUACAGAAUCCAAAAUGCUACAGGAAGAAAACUUUUCUGUUGUACCAACAUACUUGCCAACAUAAAAACAAUUAUUUUACCAAUGCUGGCCCAUAAGAGCAUGAAUUUGGUCUUGCACAACUUUAAUUCAUUUGGGUAUCAUUUUUGGAGGAAAAGAUCCUGGUGGAAUUCAACCAAUGUAUUUUCUCUCUACCCCCUCCCCGCCCUUCUUUUAAAGGCAAGUCUACUAAGUAAGCAGGCAUUGUGUUUAUUUUUCAAGAAUACUAAUCUGGCAUUUGUUUGGUGCAUAAGGGUCUGAUGAAUACCUGAAUUAUUAAUGCUGUCUUUGUGAAAUUAUGAAAUGACCAUAGGAGAAGCACUGCAUCUUCCUUUCUUUGAAAGUCCAGCUGUCUUCUUUGGUUUCUUCUGGAGUUAUAUGGCAAGAUUAAUGAGGCUGAAGAGGUGCAUGUCUUUUCAGAAGAUCAUAAAUGUGGUUCAAUUGCUGUUUUUCUGAAAAUGAUAUUAUUUUCCCCUCUUUCUUUCUCUUGUCCUUUCUCUUUGUACAAUGUAAGUAUACUUUGAAUCUACCAUUUUAUGUUAAUCUUUGCACCUGACAAAUCUAUAGAGUUUGUUGCAACAUAUCCUCUCUAUACACGGCAGAGUAUACCUGAGUCCUUUAUUCAUGUAUAUUCUUACAGUAUGCAAGGGUUUAUUAAUCUAACUAGAGACUUUAUAAGAAGGAUGCAUUCAUCAUUUUUUUAUCCAUUGCCAGACAGGUAGUAUAAACUAGGCUUGCUCACAUAGGCCUUGAAUCACAACCCAUGUGCAAAGUGGACCCAAAGCUUGUACCUCAACUCUCAGCAUACUUUAUCUGCACUUCUUGGUAAAAUGAAAACUGGUGCAUAUCUUAUGUCAUAUUAGAAAAUGAGGUUGCUGGAUCUAUUGACACAAAAUCAUGACAUACCAAGGGACCAAUCCUAGAAUAUGCCAAGCAUCUACUGUCAGUCCAAUUCAGGAUUGUUAUUCAUGUUUCCUAAUAGCAAUGAAAUCAUCAGGGAAAUCACCUCUGCAUCAUUUCAUCCUGGUGAAAAACAAACACUGAAACAAAUAGUUUUUAAGUACAAGUUACCAGAACCAGAAUUCAGCAAAUAUGGUCAAUAGCAAUAUCAAUGUACUAGUACCUAAUCAGUAAGUCAAUAUAUCCCUAAUGAAAUCCAUUUCAUCUAAUUAACAAUAUGAUAAUUAGCCAGGAAGCUUAUGAUAGCACAUUUCCUCAUGAGAGACCUUUCAAAUUAUUUCCCCCUUCUAGGCUUAAUUUAACUUGCUUAAAGGUUAUGUGAUUGCCUAGAUGCUAGACUAAAUCCCAUUCACUAGAACAAAUGGAACCAUGUAGUGCUCAGUUGACUGGAGCUUCCAUGGGAAUAGAUAUUUACAUAACGUACAUCGGUUUAUGCUCUGGAAGCACAUUUAGUACAAAUUACUGAUCUUCAUCAUAAUUAAACUUUGAGUGGCAGGCACAUUGACUCUUCUGAUACCCCAUAAUGAUUGCUCAUUACCAGUAUGGUCUGCCAUAGGGGUGGGCAGAGGAUGGCCCAGAUGUCGAUCUUAACCUGUCUAGACCCUUGCAUCACAAUUUUUCUGAAAUUAAAAGGGAGAGUAAAUUGUCUUGUUCACAUUUUAAAUUGGGAAAGACAAAGUAUUGAACAUUGGUUGCAUGUGUCUCCCAAAGCUUUUUCCAGUUAAAAAAAUAUAUUACUAUUAUUUCCUCCACUAACUUCUAGGAGGUUUGGAAGGCAUGUUCAGCAUGCUUUUCACCUGAACUAUUUUCACUCCAGGAAAUACAUUUUUAAAAAUAGAAAGUAAUGUGAAAAUCACUUCCUGGUUUUUUGUAAUCAACUCUCCCAGGCAAAAUAAAAUGGUGAAAAUAUCUCCCAGGCCUCUUAGAGGGGAUUUAGGGGCCAAACCUUCUUUUGCAGCAGAGGAGGUAUAUUCCUCCAUAGUCACUAAUGGGCCAUUGUGGCCCAUGAACCCUUCAACAGUUAUUCAUACCUUUUUUAAUAGAUCAAAGGGAUCCAUGUAUUGUUUAACCUUAGGAGAAAAAAUUAUUUUUCAAAAUGUAGAUCACUUCCAAUUUUUAUAUCGCUCCCCCCCCCCCCUCUGUACCAUGAACUAUCAAGACAACUAAAGCAUUCCUAAUAUAACAGAUUAAGGACCAAACCCUAUCAUUAUCUGCUUCAUCUUCAGUGUGGUGGACACUUGGAUAAGUAUUUGUCUGGAAGUGGUUUCAGAUAUAUCUUUCCACAUAGACAUCCCUUAUUAUAAAAAGAGAACUAUCAAAUGCACUACAGCUUCCAUUAGUUCUGGCCAGCACAGCCUUGGAUGAGGAAUGAUAACAAUUGCAGUCCACCAGCAUUUUAGAGCAUAUAUUCUCUGUCCCUAUUAUAAAGACUAGGCAGAAGCGAGGUUACCGAAGGCUAUGAAAUAAUAGCAUCAUCAACCAUGCCACAACCCCAAACCUGGUUCAUAUGUUCAUAUACAUCACUUAAUUUCUCUCUUCCUUCAUAUUGUACUUUUAAAUGAAUAUGAGUGGAUUACCUUGAAAAGCUUUGUUCUUGAUAUGGUGGGUUGUAUCAGUUUAAUUUUUGGCAUUGCGUGUAUGAAAUCCCAAUCACACAUACAAGUCAUCAAUUAAAUCCUAAGUAGGCAUUCAGAAACUAUGCACUGUCCUAACCCUUACUCUUUCCUCAUGAAUUUCUGCCAAUCUCUGCAGUUGGAGCACAACUUUCUGAAGGCCUCUUGUGUUUGUAAAUGCUGUCUACGCAGUCUCCAUCACUGUUGAAUAUCAGUGAAUUCCCUGUUCACUGUCACACAUAGAGCCUUGAGAGAUACUACAUCUUUUUCCUUACAGAAAGUCACCUUUCACAUGAAUCACUAUGGGGCAUCCCCAUUCUUUCAUUGAACAUUUUCUAAAUGCCUGACGGGAACAUCUAUGUUGAAGCCAUCAGUGCCAUUCAUGUGUGAACUAGUCCAAAGCUUUAUUUGCAAUAAAUGGUUGAUGUUGCCAGAGGGGAAGAAGUUUACAAGUGUUUCAACCAACAUGUUUGCAAUGCAUACAGUGCUAGCCUUUCCACAUGGAAAUGUCCUUUGCAUUGAUGGCUACUGACAAAAGGAUUACCUUGAGAAUGUGUCACUGAUUUAUUUCUGUAUGAGAACAUCAUUAAUCAUAUGAGUAAUUGCAAACAUCUUGUGGUUGUCUAAAUCUCCUCAUAAAUUAACUGGAUGCUUGGCUGAAAGCUAUUUGAAAUCUGGAGUAAAGGUUCCAUAGUAGAAUAGUUAAUAUCAAUGUACCAUUUUCAAUAUUGUUCAAAAUAGUUUGCACAUCAAUAUAGUUACUCAUCCCACCAGGGGUACAGCAAGAUUCAGACAUUGUGAGUGGUCUGUAUGUUGCUAUAAAUGACAGAAGCUCUAUUAAUUUUGACAUUUAAAAUUAGUCCAGAAUAUUUCAUAGAACCCAAGGAACAAUAUGAAAACCACUCUUUUUUUUUUAUACAUGUGUUUCCCAAUUGGAUGUCCUUGACGAAUAACUAUCAUCUUCAUUUAUCUAAUUUACUGGACUAGACUCCUUGAUAUAAUUAGACUGAAAAUUUCCCAGGGAAAGCUGUAUGGCAUUUCUUUACUAAGAACUACCCCACCACAGGCACUGUGAUCAAUAGGUCUGCUCUCGUUUCUAUUAGAAAGUGGCCAACUGAUGUUCCCACUUCAUAUGCACAAGCAAUUUCCAACAUGAGAAGGAAUUGCAGCAGGGAUUCUUGUUCUGUUUGUCACAACAGAGAUCACUUGAAGGAUUGAGAAAAUCAGUCAGCUGCUUCCCAAUUGAAAGGGGAACAGACCCCAUUUGAUUGCAAUGUCUGCUGCCCAGUAAGUGGGUGUUAGGAGCAUCUGGGCCAGGAAGUACACUGGAGCUGCAUAACUACAGUAGUUGCACAACUACGUAAUUAAUACAGAAUUACAGCAUAAAACUCUGAGACAUUGUAACAUAUGCCCAUUUAUCCACAUUAAUUUAAUGGAGAUUUUGGUGUCGUUGCUUUCCAAGAUAAUGCUCUGAGUUAUACUACCAUAAUUCUUAUACUCACUGCCGUUCAUCCCAAAUCAGUUGCUUUCUAUCUAUUGCUUUGUAAGUGUAAUUGUUUCAGUAGAAAUUUACAAACUUAAGAGGUGAACUACAGUCUGACAAACUACAGUCUCCUCUCUCUUAGUCAGCAACCAGACUCAGAAAAUGGGUAUAAAUUAGUUACUGUUUCGCUUUGGUUUUGCUCCUGUAACUGCCGAAAGGAGACAGGUAUAGAUCUCAAUUGAGCUGUCUGGUCUUGAACAGUCAGUCUGAAUAUCUCAUAGAAAUCAUUCUGAAGUCCUUCGCUAUGGUUGUCUUUAGAAUCAUGAGUGGGUUGGUUGGAUUUUUGGGAAGAAGGAGAAUAAGAUUAAAAAUCAUUGUGUUUACAGGUUCAGCCGUUUUUCCUGAACCACCUCACCCCAUCCCAUGUUCAUUAAGUUUUUGCACCAUGAAGCUCCACAACAUGUUUAUUCUAUCUCUCCAGUGUUUCCUCCAAAGCAAUGCAACACAUUGCUCAUUCAUUCUCCCAUCCCUCAUGCAUCCAUGAACAUCUGUACCACUUCAUAGCCUUACUCUAAAGUUCCACCAAAACAUUAGGAUCUUUACUGUAAUUGCUGUUUGUUAGAGGAAGAGAUUGCUUUCAUUCUUUGGAGGUCUUUAAACAGAGAAUGGAUUGCCAUAUUUUGGGGAUACUUUAGUCAUGGACUCCUGCAUUGCAGAAGGAUGAAAUGUUAUGGAAAUAAUCCUUAUUUUUAUGGCAUUCAUGCAUUUUCCACUUUCACGGGGGGUUUGUCCCCCUAACCCCUAUGAAAGUGGAAAGACUGCUAUAUAAGGAACUUACCUAUUGUUCCCUCAUACAUACUAACUGAAAAUGUCACCACAGUAUUCAAGGUGGAAAAGGCCCAGUCUUUAGCCUGGGUAUUGCUUGUCACAUCUGCUGAGAUCAUAACUUGUGUGUCCAGCCAUGUGAUAAAAGGGAGGGGGUCACUCUACCCCCCCCCCCCCUUAUUGAUCACAAGGGCAUUCGAGUAAUGGCCACAGAAGACGUGAAAGAUGGUGACUAUGCAAUCCCAGUGGCUGACGGGAGGAAUGGUGAUGGUGACAUGAGGACAACGAGAAGGUCCAUCAAGGGAACAUGCUGGAUCUUCUGCAUACAUGGUCCAAUCACUUUUAUGUGCUGACUCAGCAAAUAUAUGUUGGAUCUAGAGCAGCCCCAGGCAAAAAUGUCAUUGAUUCGCCUUGCCCGUGUAGAUGUGACAAUUGAGCAAGUCAUACUAUCUCAGUCUCAGAGGAAGGCAAAAGCAAACCUCUGAACAAAUAUUGCCAAGUAAACUCCGCGAUAGGUUGGCCUUCAGAUCAGCGUAAGAUGGAAAUGACUUGAAGGCACAUAAUAACAAUUAGGUCCUUUAAGCAGGAUCAUCCAUAGCAUCGUCUCCUGCAGAGAAUUCUGCAGGUAGUGCUGAAACAUUUUGUGCUACUUUGGGAAGCUUUGCUCUGGUUUCUCAUAAAAUGAGCAUGUGUCACCUGACUACAACCAUUUCCAGUCUUCUAAGGCAGUGCACAUAACAGUAUCUUACACAUAUCUGAUUGGAAGCAUAUCCUGUCAGAAGAAUAUUACCGGCUUCUUUUGUGGGUUUUAUCAUGAUUUUUAAAUAUAUAAAUAUCCAGCACAUCAAUAUGUAUAUAUAUAUAUAUAUCUGUAAUUUAAUGAAAAUGCAGCAUUCCUUUACUGAACCAUCAAGGUAGACCUUUGUUUUUAUUAAUUCAGCAGCCUGUUUUCCAAACAAAAGUCCCACAUCUCAAAUUAUGUGUACAAAAUCUUAUUGCAGCCUGCUAUUCUAGCCUAUGGUGCCUUCAGAUUACUACAGAUAGUUAACAAUUUGUACAUACUGUAAAUACUGCCAGAAGAUCACUAAGGCCAAAUAUUUUCUCUAUUCACUUUUUACUGCAUUUGCUUUCUAUUGCUAUUUAAGCUCUUUUAUUCAGCUUUGUAACCAUUAUAAUGUUGUAGCCAAUGCAAAUGUUUACUUUCAAUAAAUCCUGGAUUUGUUUCAA